AUGGUUAAACUCUUGGCUCUUGGCUCCUCUUAUCGAGGAAAGGAGUUCUGCUGGGACUACAUCAUCCUGGACGAAGCACACAAGAUUAAAAACUCUUCCACCAAAACAGCCAAAAGUGUCUACGCCAUUCCCUCCAAGAACAGGGUUCUCCUCACAGGAACUCCGGUGCAGAACAACCUCAGGGAAAUGUGGACACUCUUUGACUUUGCUCUGCAGGGAUCUCUGCUGGGAACAGCAAAGACUUUCAAAACACAGUAUGAGAACCCCAUCACCCGCGCCAGAGAGAAGGAUGCGACUCCUGGAGAGAAAGCUCUUGGCUCCAGAAUGUCCGAAAACCUCAUGACCCUAAUCAAACCGUACUUUCUCCGUAGAACAAAAUCAGAAGUGCAGAAGAAGAAGACUGAAGGUAAAGAGGCAAACUCAGAACCCGAUGGCCACCGAGACCCUGAAGAUCCGCCAUCCUCUGGUGCAGUCAUGCCCAAACUUACCCGGAAGAAUGACUUGAUUGUCUGGACCUACCUGAGUGCCGUUCAGGCAGAGAUUUACAGGCAGUUCAUCAGUUGUGACCACAUCAAGGAGCUGCUAAUGACCACCCGAUCACCUCUGGCUGAACUGAACAUCAUCAAGAAGUUGUGUGACCAUCCAAGACUGCUUUCUGCCAAUGCUAUAGCGAAUUUUGGUCUGGGUGAAAAUCCUGAGGGUGAAAACAGUGAGACUGAUGCUCACAGCAUCGCAAAUGUUUCAGAUGAAACCUUAAUAUCGGAGUCUGGAAAACUUGUCUUUCUGCUGGCUCUUCUGGAGCAGCUCAGAGAGGAAGGUCACCGAACGCUGAUCUUUGCUCACUACAGGUUGGUCCUCGACAUCCUCGAACGGAUCCUCGGCAACAGAGGGUUUAAAGUCCUGAGACUGGAUGGAAGGAUCACACAGAUCGCAGAACGAGAAAAGCUGAUCUCACGCUUUCAGUCAGACAAACGUUACUCCGUGUUCCUCCUCACCACUCAGGUUGGAGGCGUGGGAAUCACCCUGACGGCGGCAGACAGAGUAGUCAUCUACGAUCCGAGCUGGAACCCGGCCACAGACGCUCAGGCUGUCGACAGAGCGUACCGCAUUGGCCAGAAAGAAAACGUAGUGAUCUACAGACUGAUAACCUGUGGAACGGUGGAGGAGAAGAUCUACAGGCGGCAGGUUUUCAAAGACUCCCUGAUCAGGCAGAACACCGGGGACACAAAGAACCCGUUCAGGUACUUCAGCAGACAGGAACUGAAGGAGCUCUUCACCCUGGAGGACACAAGGUCUUCCACCACCCAGCUUCAGCUGCAGGCUCUGCACUCCAGGCAUAGAAGAACCGACCCAGCUCUGGAUGAGCACAUCGCUCAGCUACACGCUAUGGACAUGUUUGGGAUUUCUGACCACGACCUCAUGUUUUCUCUGGAUGUCAGCCAUAAAGAGGAUCCGGAGGACCCAGAGGAGUAUAACUACAUUGAAGGGCGGGUCCAGAAGGCUCAGGGCCUGAUGAAGGCAGAGUCUGAGCUGCAGGGUCAGCUGGCAGAUCGCAUGCUCUCCAGCACAGAACCCGCCUGGCUGAGGCAACCGCCGGACCACAGGAGCAAACCACCAAGGCUUUCACCUCCGCCGCCUGAGAGGAACGUCAACACGUCGCCUGUGCUGGUGGAUCUGGACCGGUCUGGUUCUGGAGGGGAAGACCUGCAACAGAAUCUGAGCGACGAAGUUAUCGACAUCUCUGCAGACUCGGAGAAAUCCGCUGCAGGUCAGACGUGCGAGUCUCCUGGACGCGAUGCCAGUCUGCUGCAGAUCACGGCGGACGACGACGGCGGCGCUGGACCCGGCAGAACCUCUCGCUCCGGAACCAACCUGGAUCACGUUGAUCUUCAGCAGAACGGACGAGAUUCUGACCUCCAGCAGCCCGAGUCCAGCUUCAGAGCAGAGACGUCCGGGCAGAGCGCUCCUCUGGAGUCUCUGAACGGGAACUUUAACUUGGAGCUGGAGGACAGCGACGAACAUCUGGAGGCUGCGGACACAGAGGAAGAGGAGCAGAACCUGCUGUCUCAGCUCCGGAUCAACGGCAGCUUUGACGUCAACAAGUCUCUGUGCCGGCGGAGCGCCAACGGCUGUGGAGCCUCAGACGUGGACGAGUCCUUCAACGAGUCCAUCGUCGCCAAGAAGAAGAAGAGAGCAGCCGUGAUUUAUGACAGCGACGAAGAGGAGGAGCAGCAGCAGCCGGGGAGUCCGCUGGACCGCUCCCUCCAGGCGCUCGGAUCCUCCACGCCCAAACGAUCUCUCCCUGCCGGCGGUCCGAGGAAGAGCGUCGGAGGAAACGUGUCCGUGGGUUCCCAGCGUGGCCUCCUGCAGUCCGUCAUCGAGGACAUGGACGACCAGGACGAAGACGAGAACGAUGAAGAUGAAGAGAAACUGUCGGCGAUGGAGUCCGAUCCAGAAGAGACGACCGGAGAGAGUCUUAAUACUGAAGAGGAGGAGGAGGAGGAAGAAGAAGAGGAGGAGGAGGAAGACCUGCAGCUUGUCCUGGAGGACCAGGACGAUGAAGACGGAUCAGAACCGCUGCUGGCGUCCCGGGACGAGAGCAUGAUGAGUGUUGCUGAGGAGGAGCUUCAGGACGCCGGCGGAGAGAAGUCGGGUCGCACAGAACCGUCCGACGCCGCGUCGUCCUCGGACCCGAGCCUCACCCUGGAGGAGUCGAGCGGGGAGCCAGAGCUGGCGUCCGGAGAGCGACUGGAUCAGUGCGCCACCCAGGAGGCCGAGAGCUACGAGGCGCUGGUCCGAAGAGGCAAGGAGUUCUACAGCCAGGCCCGGCUGGAGGACGCCCUGACCUUCUUCCUCAGAGCCAUCGACAUGCAGCCAGGAGACCCUGAGGUCCAGUUCCUGACCAUCCAGCUGUACCGGCAGCUCAGCCAGAGAUGAAGACCAACGUCUCAGAACCGGGUUUUCCUCUUCGGAUCUUCUCCAGGGUUAAAUAUGUUCCUGCUUCUCAAAUCUUCAGUUUUAUAGUUUUUUUUUCUGAAUUCUCUCCACUCAAACCUUCAUUAAGAUCUAUAGUCGGGUCCAAGGUCCCGGGUCGGAUCCACUUCCAGGACGGGUCGGAGGGAACCAGAACUUUCUCCGGUUGCUCUGUGUUUUUAGUUGAAGAUGUGCAGAAAUGGCGCGGAGUUCGAAGCGUUCUGGACGUUCUGGUCCAAGGAGGAGCUGAAACGGUUCCUGUGGGUUUCAUCGUUAAUAAACAGAUAAAACCGGGUCAGUGUUUUGGACCUGAAUUAGCAGAAUAUUCUAGAACUUUCCAGAACAUGACUGCAGAACAGAACCAAGGAAAGCUAACGGGUUAAGAUCAUUAGUGUUGCAGCAAACCGGGCCUGGUUGGUAUGUUACUGCGUGAACACUUCACCUCAGAACCACACAUGGACCCAAACGUCUCCACUCUGAGACAUCGUGACCCGCAACGCAAACCGGGUUCUGGUUCAGUUCAGGCUUCCACUUUCCUCGGUGAUCAGCACUGAAGAAACCCAGACGGGUCAGUGAGGCAGAACCUAUCAUGAAACCAGAACCAGCGUUCACUGCAAAAGUAAUGAAAAGAAAGACUCUGCAGUUCUGUGUUUUAACUGCAACAAGAACUAAAAUGUUGAUUUCUGCCAUAUUUGUAAUUUUGUGAACAUAAAAUAAAUGAUUUCCCAAUU